AUGCCAGUGGCGAUUUUCGCCCGAAGUAUCAAAAUAUUGCAAAUCACGGAUAUUCAUCUGGAUCUUAACUAUAGCACAAAAGGCGAUCGGCAAGCAAUGUGCCAUUUGAAUGAGCAAGUGUCCGAACAGCUCGGACAGUUUGGUGAUUAU